CUUCCAACCAUUUUUUUCUUCACUUGUAAACACGUGUAGGGAGCCGUGUGUGUUCCUGUCGCAACGCAGAGAAUUUAAACAGAUAAUACACUUCACUCGUAUAUCAUCCUUAAAAUGGCAAAAAGCCUCCGGAGCAAAUGGAAGCGAAAAAUGCGGGCAGAGAAGAGGAAGAAAAAUGCUCCCAAGGAGCUGGCUCGACUGAAACAAGCUCUGAAUCUGGAUAAGAAAGGAGAAGCUGUCAUGACUGACGUGCAAGAGAUUGCCACAGUGGUGCCGGCUGCCAAGAUAAAGAAGGGGGCAGAUGUUGAAAUGGCAGAAUUCGAAGGUGACGACGGGAAGAUGGACAUGGACAGCAAGCGCAACAAGACAACUCUGUUGGAUGAAAACGGACAGUAUCCUGCAUGGAUGAGUCAACGACAGGCUAAGAAACUGAAAGGCAAACGGAUGGCAAAGAAAAGUGGCAAAGGCAAGAAGAAGAAGGGUAUUUCCUGGUAAAAUGGAGAAAACCAAAAGACUGUUGCUUUGCCUUAAAGACUCUGGAUGCAGAAACACAGAAUCAUUUCAUGUAUUUGUUUACACAUGGUAAGUGAUGACUGUCUGCCAGUAAAUAUUUUUCUGUCCAGUGGAUUUUUACAUUCAUGGCUUUAUCACAGAGCCUGAAGUUGUACAAAGUUCACUGCAGAAAACUGCUCUCAUGGAACAGCAGCUCCAUUUUGAUUUCAGAACAAUUCCUAAGAACAUAACACUUGUGUGGACUUCACAGUGCUUUAUUGUGUUGUAGAAUUGGAGGAGAUACACGUGUAUGCUCUGCUACAUGUUAAAUCUGUGUGUCCUCUAAUUUGUUGUCCUUUGGCUUAUUUUGUUGACUGUAUUUUGAUGUUAUAUCUCUAGUUUCGUACCACUUAUUGCUGGGCGAUGAUAUUUUCCUGCACAAGUGAACUGGCAGAUAUCACAUCAGACCGAAUCAUACAGAAGCUGCCACAGUUUGCUUGGAACUCUAUUGUAAAUUGACACUGAUAAGAAAUUAUCUAAUAAAAAUAACUGGUGUACAAACA